AUGAAGUUUAUGCCAAAUCGCGAUCUCGACACAGUCACCUCCGCGCUCAACUUCUCCACCCCAGACCUCCAUGUUGUGGGGGGAUGCGACCUAUACACCACCAAGGCAGCCGGAGGAGACAAAAAACUAUACAAGAACAUUGAAAAUGGCCUUGAAGCACAAUACAAGUCGAACCUCCAGUUCUCCAAGUCGCUUUCCCCGCCCCAGGCGCAUGUGGUGGCCCCAAGCCUGAAUCUAAGUCGAAACAGUCCGUUCGGGAACCUAGGAAUGAUCAGCUCGAGGAGAACAUAUGCGUAUCUGAUAGCGACGCUGAACGCCAGUCAUCCCCACUACGACUUCUCUCAUGUCUUGAGGCCCACAGACUUCAAACGAGAGAAGAGCCUACGGCACGUCAUGAACACCGUGGAUACGACCAUGUACAAUCUCCACUCGCGGCCUUUCAACACCUUCUCCAAAGAUUCCUCCGGCCUUACUUCCACUCAGCCGCAAUGGGGUCCGGCGAUGUGGAGAUUGAUUGAUCAACAAAUGAGCUUGCGCGACUGCGCCGUAUAUCGCUACGCGCCAGAGGAUUUUGAUCCUUUUGAGGAUGACGAUGAGGGAUCGAUCUGGUCGAUGAACUAUUUCUUCUUUAACAAAGCGAGGAAGCGUGUUUGCUACCUGUAUUUACGAGGCAUUAGUGUCUUGGCCGUCCCUACCAUCGAUGCACUCCAGUCGCCUAUGAGAUCUAAGCGCUUUGCCGAUGAAGAGGUGGAUGGGUGGAUCACUCCUGACCUCGGCGCCCACAAGCGAGCAAGAUACUGGCUUGGUGAUCGAGAUGAUGUCGAAAUCGCCGAGCACGACGAUGGAGCCGAGGAAGAUGCCGGUAUGGCGGUGACGUCGGUUGAGAAAGACGACAAUCCCAACGGUUCUCCUGUUUCUGAAACUAAACGGCCUUCACAGGACCGUGGAUAUCAGUCUGACGAGGAAGACUUCCCGCCGCCAACCCGGCCAGUCGUCGACGAGCAUGACAAUUACCUGCUUAGUGACGAAGAGGUACGGAGCGCGAGAAGUCAGAGCAAGAGCACGGCCCGGGGAGUGAGCGAAGAGGUGAUGGGCCCUAUCGAAGUAUAA